AUGUCCUUCCUGCGCAACGUCAAGACGUUCCUCACCCCCUCGUCGUCGCAGUCGCACCUCGCGCAAGGCGACGGCUCCUUCUCCACCGCAAAGACCGAGGCCGACCUAUUCCCCACGACUGACCCGUCGAUCGACGGCGAAGAGUGCCUGCACGACUGCUCGAGUUGCACGGUGCACUACCCCACGAAAUUCUCCAUCGACGAGAGCGACAAGCUGUUUGGGCAUGUCAAGGGGUUCAACGUCCAUCUGCUCGUCGGCACGGGAAAGACCGACUGGGUCAGGGAUGUUACGGAUGAGAAGGGCUCCGUCAUGCAGGCCGUCGGCAAGGUCGGGCUGGACCUGAGCGGGAAACGCGGCAGGGUCAUGUUGAGCGCGAGCAAUUUCCCUUCCGGCGACGAGUGUCUUAACGAAGAGGAGGCCGGCACCAGUGACUGCAUGUUACUGCCUAGUUGGGUCGUGGUCGAGAAGGUCAGACCGAGUCAAGCGGGCGCGCUGAUGAAAGAGGUGGUGGAUAGGAGUGUCAGGAAUGACAUGCCUGUUGGCGCAAAGAGAACAGAGGUCAAUGGGAACGGUCAUGUGCCGUCGCCUGCAGGAGAGCAACAAGACCGGGCUACAGAAGCGCAGAACGAACAAGAGCCUGGAGCCGUCCCCGACGUGGCGGGUUUGCAGAUUGGAGAGGGCGCUGGAGCAUCACAGCAAAACAGCUCACAACAAGAGCAAGACCAACAACAACAACAAUCGCCAUCACAGAACACAACGCUAGACCCAGCACCACUACCGUCAUCAAUCGCCUCGUCCUUUAAAGUCCGCCCGAUUCCCCAUUCCUACCUAAUACUCAUGUGCAGCCAAAAGACCCGUGAUGCCCGUUGCGGCCAGUCCGCACCUCUCCUCCGCAAAGAAUUCGAGCGUAUCCUGCGUCCCAUGGGUCUCUAUCGUGACCUCCACGACGACCGACCUGGUGGUGUCGGCAUAUAUUUCAUUAGUCACGUCGGUGGCCAUAAAUACUCUGCCAAUGUCAUGAUUUAUCGGAGGCAAGGUCGCAAGAAGGAGGUGGGAGGAGACGACGUCGACGUGGACGGGGAGAAAUUGGAGAAGGAGGCGGUACAACUGAUUUGGCUUGCGAGGGUGAGGCCGGAAGAUUGUGAAAACAUUGUGCGGUAUACAGUCUUGCAGGGCAAAGUCGUCAAGCCGCAGAGGCAGUUGAGGGGCGGAUUCGAUCGAGAGAGGGGAGUGACGAGCUGGUAA